AGCUCCCGUGGAGCCCACCCCAGGCUUCGGGGGAGUUCCGGGGUCGCUGGACUCGCCUCGGCAGAGGGAGCACACGCCCCCUGUCCUGCACGCUCGUUCACCCUGAGUUCAGGAGUUUCUGAACAGUUUUCCUUCGACGGAGUGUAAAUCUGAGGCGAAGGGGUGCAUCCUCCUCUGUCCGCGAGAAGCUUCUCGCGCCCUCCGCGUUCGGGCGCCAGCCUGCGGAUUUGUUGACCUACAGAAUGCUUCGAUACCCGUAUUUUUCUAGAAUCUAUAAAGAAUUUCUUUCAUGCUGGUUGGAAUCUCGCAUAUUUAGUUUAGGUGUCUGGCCAAAAAAAAUACAUGCUACAGCAGAAAGAUAUAAUGACUAUGAAGCCCAGGAGCAAACAGAUCAAACUGGAGCUCAGGAGUUACACAAAUCUCAAGACAGAAAUUCUGAAGCCAUGACUAAAUUACAUGUUCCAGUAAUGGUGGAUGAAGUUGUUCGUUGUUUGGCACCACAAAAAGGACAGAUUUUUCUAGAUAUGACGUUUGGUUCAGGAGGACACACAAGAGCCAUUCUACAGAAGGAGUCAAAUAUUACUUUGUAUGCCUUAGACAGAGACCCAACAGCUUAUGCACUAGCUGAACAGCUUGCAGAAUUGUAUCCUAAACAGAUUCGAGCCAUGCUGGGCCAAUUCAGCCAGGCAGAAGACUUAUUAAUGAAAGCUGGAGUGGAGCCAGGGACUGUGGAUGGAGUUCUUUUGGAUCUUGGGUGUUCUUCCAUGCAACUUGAUGCUCCUGAAAGAGGUUUUUCCCUUCGGAAGGACGGUCCCUUGGACAUGAGAAUGGAUGGUGGCAGGUACCCUGACAUGCCCACCGCAGCUGAUGUCGUGAACGCUCUAGAUCAACAGGCACUUGCAUCUAUCCUGAGAACAUACGGGGAGGAGAAGCAUGCCAAGAAAAUCGCUUCAGCAAUCGUUCAGGCACGCAGCAUCUACCCCAUCACCAGAACCCAGCAGCUUGCCAGCAUCGUCGCAGGUGCAUUUCCUGCCUCUGCUAUUUAUGCACGAAAAGACUUGCUACAACGAUCUACCCAUAUUGCUACCAAGACUUUCCAAGCUUUUCGAAUAUUUGUGAACAAUGAGCUCAAUGAACUUGACACAGGAUUGAAGACAGCUCAGAAGUUUCUGAGACCUGGUGGUCGUCUUGUUGCCCUCUCCUUCCAUUCACUAGAGGAUCGCAUCGUCAAACGAUUCUUGCUUGGGAUAAGCAUGGCAGAAAGAUUUAACCUAAGUGCUAGACAGAAGGUGAUACAAUCAUUGCAAUUGGGUUCAGGUCAAACAAACAAGGAAGGAGUCUCCAUGGGAAGGGCCCCUUUAAUGUGGGAAUUGAUACACAAGAAGGUGCUUACUCCAGAAGAUCAGGAUGUUCAGAAUAACCCCAGAGGGCGCUCAGCCAAGCUUAGAGCAGCUAUCAAGUUAUGAGAAAGAAAGUUGUCAUCAUCUGAUCUUUCAAGUUUUCCGUCGCAGUUUCUCUUAAUUUUUUUCAUGUGAUAUUCCUGCACAGCUUAAUAUAAGAAAGUGUGGGAUAUGUAUAGAUCUGUACUAUAUAUGUGUGGAAAUUGAGGCUACUUAGCUUUUUUUUUUUUUGUCAAAAAGAAAAUGUUGGAAAUAUUAGCAUGACACAGGAAGUUCAACUCAAGGAGCAGCAGCAUCUUAAAACUGGAGAAAUGUGUUUAUCUUAGCAUUAUAUUUGACUUUUGAAAUACAGUCCUUUCUCUAACAAGGAAAUUUUUUUAAAAAAGCAAUACUAUGUGUAUUUAUCUAAAUAAACUCAAGCUGUUAAAAGAGAGAGAUUAUAAUUAUAGCUGCAUGCUCUAGAUUCUGAAUUUAGAUAUUCAGAUUUGCAACAGACUUUCUGUGGCUCAAAUAAUUAAUAAUGAUCAUGGAAUGAAUUUUAAUUUCCCUACUUAGGAAUAAUUAAUUAUUAUAGCUUUCUCAAAUAUACAUAUUAUGCAAAUUUUAAAUUUUCAAGUAUUAUUUUUUAAAUGCAUCAUGCUGGUAAAUUUCAUUGUUGAAAUUAUAGUGUUCAUUGUUUUAAAGGGAUUUUUCCGUAUGAUAUAUACCAUGAUUUCACAUAUUGCAAAGUAAAAAUGUAGAAUUGUUCUAACGGCUCUUACAGAGAAUGUUUCACAAAACUUAUAUUUAAAGUCAGUUGUGUUUAUUUUAAUAAUAGCCCAUAAUGCCUUUGAUAAAUAGUAAAAUCUCUCAUCAUUUGAAUCCUUCAUUUUUUAAUAGAGAUAUUCAAAAUAAUUCAACCAAGUGUGUUUGAAAUAGAAAAGCAUAUGAUGUAUUCAAGAUAUUAAAAUCAAUGCACCCUUAAUGUUUUUACUUACAGAUAGUAACUGUAAUUGUAAAAUGUUUAUUCAGGAGAAGUUCACUUAGUAGAGGAUUCUUUAAUAAAUUGAUGAGAUUGAGUCAUAAUUCACAUAUCAACUUUUUAUACGUAAAUAUGCUCUUUUAAUUUAUUCAGUUAUUCAGCAAGUACUGAACUAGGCAGAGAAACAAUGGUGAGUAAAAUACACAUAGCCCACAGUACCUGUCCUAUGGAGUUCAUAGUCUAGUGGAAGAGAGCAAUAGUAGUUAAAUAAUCACAAAAAUCAAUAUAAAAUUGACACAGUAGUAAAUGCUACAAAGAAGUGAUACAAGGUACUGCAAGAACAUCUAGUAGAGAUUUCAUCUACUGAAGGAAACCAGGGCUGACAAAGUGGUGCUUGAGUUAUGAGCUAAAGGAUGAAUAGGAGAUAAUUAGUCAAAGGGUGCAUGGGCGUGUUGAUUAAAGGUGCAUGUAAAUGAUUGUUUUCUCAAGUAGUUAUCCUUGAAAUCAUAUUUAUACUAUUAAUUUGCUCAGUAAACUAUUUAUUCAAAUAUAGGAAAAAUUCAUCUUCUCAAUUAUUAUUACAAAUUCUAAAUUGGUGAAUACAAGUGAAUAAAAUAUCAACAUAACUAUAUGGGCAAAAGAUAGAUAAGAAUUAAAUACUUGAACAUACCUCAGACUUACUUUAUCUACCUCUGUAACAUUUAACUUUAGUUCCCAAUUUUGCUUUUACUUUAUAGGUUUUAUUCAAAUCUGAACAAUUCUGCAGUGAAAUCAGAAUUAGAAAAUACUCUAGGCAACAAUGUGCUCAAAUUAGAAACAAAUGAAUGCACCUAGGUUAAUCCCCUGAAUCCUUCCUGAAAAAUUUUAUAAGUUUCUGUUUGUAUAUAAGGCAUAUUUGUGAAUGAGAAAGAUUCCCAAGGGUAAAUUCCCAGCCAAGUACCCGAUUAUAAAAUAAAAGAUCAUGCUCUUCUAUUCAAAAAUGAUACACCUAUUUCAUCAAUCAUUUUUGGAUCCUGUAUAGUAUGGAAAUUUUUUCUUUAAUGUUAGAUGGAAACUGACUGCACUGAGUUGGAUAGUGUCCCCCCAAAAUUCCUGUCCUUCUCAGAAUCUCAGAAAGUGAUCUUAUUUGGAAAUAUGGUCAUUGAAGGGUCUAAGUAGUUAAGAUGAGAUCAUACUAGAGCAGGGUAGGCCCUUAGUCCUGUAUAUCUGGUGUCCUUAUAAGAAGAGAAGAGAGACAGAGACACGUGGAAGAAUGCCACAUGAAAAUGGAGGCAGAGACUGGAGUGAUCCAUCUACAAGCCCAGGGACACCAAGGAUUGCUGGCAACCAUCAAAAGCUAGGUAAGAAGCAUGGAAUAGAUUCUCAUCAGAGUCUUAAGUAAGAACCAACUCUGCUGACACCUUGAUUUUGGACUUUUAGCCCCCAGAACAGUGAGAGAAUAAAUUUCUGCUAUUUUAAGCCAGCCAGUUUGUGGUAAUUUUCUAUGGCAGCCCUAGAAAACUAAUAUUCUGACAGAAAAAAAAUCUUGAAUAAUAUGCAUGAAGAAAAUCAUUCUCGUUAAUCACAAAAUUGGUUUCAAAUGUUGCAGUGUAAAAAUAUAUUAUUUUCUGUAAUUAGGCUGUUUACCACAAUCAUUCUUGCCUACUUCUAAGUCUUUGUUGUAGGAUGAAUAAUAAAAUACAUAAAUGAGUUUUAAAUGGUUAACUCUGGAGAAUAGUUUGGGGAAAUUAAAACAAUAUGUAUAGAAAAUAAAAAUUGAUUAUUAAAAUGAAUGUGCAUUGCUUUUCUAAUAAAAUAUAAAGAAUAUAAAACAAGCAGUUGUUUUAUAUUUCUGAAUCUGUGUAUCAACUGCCUUCUACUAAUCAUUUUAAUAUAGCACCGAUGCCAUUGUGUAGUACAUCACUGCUUAACAGGUUUUAGUUCGUUACUUAUUAAGGAAUGAAAUUUAAUAACUGCACACAAUUUUAAUAGAUAUCCCUAUUUUGUAUAUU